GCCCCAGAACCUGCUGGGCUGGGCAAAGCUGAAGGUGCCUGGGGCCAGGGGUGGCAGGAGGUGGCCCAGGGUGGGGGGCACUGGUAUGAAUGGGCUGUGCCACUGGGACAGGAAAGCAGCCAUGCCUCUGGGCUCUGGGAGGGGGAGCCCUCCUAGGCUGUCCUGGGCACUGUCCUUACCUCUGUGAGGCAGCCACGUGACCUGUGUGGCCAGUGGACACAUGCGACACACAUGUGGGCUGUCCUCAGUGCAGGCCUCCCAAGGCGUGGGAUUCAGGAGGAGCCUGCUCUGUACUGGGAGGGUGGACCCAAAGAGACCCCCCAGAUGCUUCAGAUGCCAGAGCCAGGGACCCGGGGGAGGGGCGCGCCUCUGCCUGCCUCCUCCAAGGCCACCCCCGAGGCCGCGGAUCCCAGCCGCAAGAGGCUGGAGCUGCCCAGGACGCCGUCCACCCCAAGGAUGACCACGUUCCCCCCGGUGCCUGUCACCUGCGAUGCUGUGCGCACCAAGUGCCGCGAGAUGCUGAGCGCCGCCCUGCAGACGGACGGCGACCACGUGGCCAUCGGUGUGGACUGUGAGCGUCUGUCAGCCCAGAUUGAGGAGUGCAUCUUCCGGGACGUGGGCAGCACGGACAUGAAGUACAAGAACCGCGUGCGCAGCCGCAUCUCCAACCUCAAGGAUGCCAAGAACCCCGACCUGCGGCGCAACGUGCUGUGUGGUGCCAUCGCGCCCCAGCAAAUCGCUGUGAUGACCUCGGAGGAGAUGGCCAGCGACGAGCUGAAGGAGAUCCGCAAGGCCAUGACCAAGGAGGCCAUCCGGGAGCACCAGAUGGCCCGCACGGGCGGCACGCCGACGGACCUGUUCACCUGCGGCAAGUGCAGGAAGAAGAACUGCACCUACACGCAGGUGCAGACCCGCAGCUCUGACGAGCCAAUGACCACCUUCGUCGUCUGCAACGAGUGUGGGAACCGCUGGAAGUUCUGCUGAGCUUCUGUGCCCACUGCUGCAUCCUUGGCUGUGGCCAGUGCUGGCUCUCCUGGGCUUCUCUGGAGACCACAUGCCCUGCCCCACCCGCCUGCCUGGAGCGCACCUUCCUGCCCCUCCACGUCCUUAUUAAAUGUCUCUUUGCUGUCCCUGGUUCUUGGUCCUCCUGGGUUGUGUCCAGGUUUCAGCUGGGCCUCUGGUGGCCAGGCAACCCUGCAGGAAACACUGGGGCAGCCCCCCAACAUCCUCAGGGCUUUUGGUCCUGGGGUACUGGGGCAGCACGACCAAACUGCACCAUUCUGCCCAGCAUGUACCUGCCUGCCGCAGGCGUGGGCUGUGCCCCCUCACCCCCCACGGACGGCUGUCCCUGUGCUGCCUCCGUGCAAGGGUGGGGGUCUCAUGGCUCCAGGUCAGUUCCAGCCUCAAGUCACUUUAAUGCCCCAGAAACAGGCGGGAGUGUGGUGGUGAUGCUGACCUCCAGGCCCAGGGUACUGUGACUGUGACCCCUGCCUAGCACCUGGGUCACCCAGUGUUCUACCCCAGCCUCCAGGGCCAGCUUUUGUUACCUGCCAGGGAUCUGUCCAUCCCAGACCCAGGCAGAGCCACCCUGACGGCUCCGCCCAGCCUGGAGGCCCGGGCAAUUCCUCUCUAAUCCUCCCUAGUGCAGAAACAACCAGGAAGGCUUUUCCUUUGAGAAUACCUUCAAUAAGAAGACAUCCCAGUUUGGUGGAUGGAGGCACAGAGAUAAAUAUGAAGACAU